AUGUCGAAUAGAAUUGGGAAAACCGGACUGGGAUUUGCGCGCGCGUGGCACCACGUCGACCUGGCUCAGGAUACAAGAACUUUGGGUCGGUUGGCGUCGCAGAUCGCCAUCACUUUGAUGGGGAAACAUAAGCCCAUCACCCACGAAACACAGGACGCUGGCGACUACGUGGUGGUGUCGAACGCCCAGUUUUUGCGUGUGACAGGAAACAAGAUGCAUGACAAGACGUACUGGAGCCAUAGUUUCCGGCCAGGAUCUGGAACGGCCACGCCAAUGAACAGAGUCGUCAGAGACUAUGGUUAUUCCGAAGUGAUUAAAAGAGCCGUCAGCAAAAUGUUACCGAAAAACAAACACAGAUGGACAAGACUCAACAGACUCAAGGUAUACGACGGGUCCGAACACCCAUACAAACAGAACUUGGUGGCAUUUGCCGAUCAACAUAGCCAGGUGCUGGAAAAAGUGAAGAGUCUCGAAGACAGAACCCGGCAGUUGCAGGAGUACGAGGCCAAACUCAACGGCAGAAAAAUCUAA